AAAAAAGAUCUUUUAGGAGUCACGUGUUUUCCUUAAACUGUGGCACAACUUUGAAAAUAACCGUUUUUGUACUAAGCAUGAAACCAUUCUCUGUUGGAUUUUCCUAUCCUGGUUCUUGUGAUGUUAGUCAUUCUACUUCCUCUAUCUGCCAAUAUAAUCCUUCCCUUUUUCACAACACAGUGCAUUCCAUUCAGUCUUUCAGUCUCUGUCCUGCCUUCUCCAUGCAGCAGGUCAUCAGUGUCUGGGUACGGGACCCACGGAUGCAAAAGAAUGACUUCUGGCAUGCCUACAUAGACUAUGAAAUUUGUUUACAUACCGACAGCGUGUGCUUCACCAAGAAGAUCUCCCAAGUGAGAAGGAGAUACAGUGAGUUUGUAUGGCUCAGGCGAAAACUGCAGGCAAAUUCACUGCUAAUGGUACAUGUACCAGGGCUGCCCCCCAAAAACCCUUUCUUUAGUCUUAAUAACGCUCGGCAGAUCACUGAUCGAAUGAAAGGACUCCAGAAAUUUUUGGAACAAGUCCUUCAGAACCCUCUGCUGCUGUCCGACAGCUGCCUGCACCUUUUCCUACAGUCACAGCUUAGCGUGCCUAUGAUAGAGGCCUGCGCUGCUGGGAGGACACACUACUCUGUGGUUCAGGCUGUGCAGCGCUGCGGCCUCCGGAGAUUCCACUCAGAAGAGGAUCUGCACAAUAACCUCAAAAUUUCCUGUGACUCUGACUCAGAUAGCUCUGAGGGUAGGGAUCCAGAACACAAGAUUAAAGAUUUGGAAGCUUCUUCUCUUGAUCUCAUAGAAACGAGCCAGGAGGAAGAGCCGAGCUGCUUACCUCGUUCUACAUGAAAGCAUCAUCUUCAUACCUCUGACAGAAUGUGGGAGUCUCUGAACCCAUGCAAUGUUUUGGAUGAGUGAAGGAAAAAGCUAUUACCGUAAACCUGUUACUGCACUUAACAUGACUCGUCUUAAUUAUUUCAUUUAUUUAAAAAAAAUGUCACAGCUUCUUUUGUUCUUGAUGAGAUGUUUUAGUUUGAAACUUGCACAGUAAAUAAUAACAAAAAUUUACCUCUUGUAUAUUGCAUAUCUAUUGUACCCAUAUGUUCCCAGAUUGUCUGAAUAAAUACAAAGUUGUACCAACAA